UUCUCCCUUGGUGGGUCUCUCUCUCCUGGCCGUAAUGGUGGUGAAUGCGAGGAGAAGGUGUUGACCCUGUCUUCGAUCGAGACAGCUGAUCCUUGGACCGUUCUGCCUUGGUUUGGCACGCUCACUGUAGCUCAGAAUAAAGAGGCGGUGACAAGCAAUGAUGGAGUAGUAGUAGAAGAAGGCUUGCUGGGGGAGGAAAGGGAAAGGAAGACGGCAUUCAUUCCCUGCACAAUGCAGAAGCCGUUGCUACUUCUGCUCUCCGCUGCGCUGCUCCUCUCGUGUGCUGCUGUUCCUGCGUCAGCCGCCGUGGUGGCCUCCGACGCCGCUGCUCUCCUGGCCUUCAAGGCCAAGGCCGACCCCAGUAACCGCCUGGCCUUCUUCCCCGCCGCCAACGACUCCUCCGACGACCACUGCCGUUGGCCCGGCGUCGGGUGCUCCGGUGACGGCAGGGUCGUGCGGCUCGUCCUCGAGGCCGCCGGUCUCCAUGGCGCCUUCGCCAGCGGCACCCUCGACCGGCUCAACCAGCUCCGCGUCCUCAGCCUCAAGGCCAACUCCCUCGCCGGGCCCGUCCCCGACCUCUCCCGGCUGCUCAACCUCAAGGCCCUCUUCCUCGGCCGCAACCGCUUCGGCGGCUCCUUCCCGGCCUCCGUCCUCUCUCUGCACCGCCUCCGCACCCUCGAUUUGUCCAACAACCACCUCUCCGGCCCGAUCCCGCCGGCGCUCGCCGCGCUCGACCGGCUCUACGUCAUCCGCCUCGAGUCCAAUCGCUUCAGCGGCUCCAUCCCGCCCUUCAACCAGUCCUCCCUUAAGAACUUCAAUGUCUCCUACAAUAACUUCUCCGGCGCAGUCCCGGUCACGGCCACAUUGUCCUCGUUCGAUGCCUCGGCGUUCUCCGGCAACCCAGGGCUGUGCGGCGAGGUCGUCAGGAAGGAGUGCGGCUCCCAUUUCCUUUUCUUUCACCGUGGCGGAGGCGGCGGCAGCAGCAGCAGCAGCAGCAACGGCAGCGGCAAUGGCUCACGCAUCGCCCCGCCGCCGGUGAAUACGCUGCGCGGGAAGCACGAGGAGAUACUCCUCCCCGGCUCAGAUUCGCCAUCGCAGAAGAUGCACAAAAGAGCCGUCGUCGCGAUCGGGUUCUUGGCCGGCUCGCUCCUCGUGAUCGGAAUCUUCGGUGUCUCCCUGGUGAUGCAGAAGCGGCGAAGGAAGAUGAAGCAGGGGGAGAUCCUGAGCCCGGUGAAGCACAACAACAAUAACAACAACGGCGGCGUGGACGCCUCCCCGGAGCCGAACGUGGAGAGCUACAACCAGGAGAUCGAGAGCGGGAACAACGAGCUCAUAGCGGCAGCGGCGCUGGCUAUGUCGGAGGAGAAGGUGAAGAAGCUGGCCAAGAGCGGGUGCUUGGUGUUCUGCGCCGGGGAGGCGCAGGUCUACAGCUUGGAGCAGCUAAUGAAGGCGUCGGCGGAGAUGUUGGGCAGGGGGAGCGUGGGGACGACGUACAAGGCGGUGCUGGAUGAGAGGCUGAUAGUGACUGUGAAGAGAUUGGAUGCGGCCAAGCUGGGGGCGACGGGGAAGGAGGCGUUCGAGCGGCACAUGGACAUGGUGGGGAGGCUCCGGCACCCGAACCUGGUGCCAUUGCGGGCGUAUUUCCAGGCCAAGGAAGAGAGGCUGCUGGUCUACGACUACCAGCCCAAUGGCAGCCUUCACUCCCUUAUUCAUGGCUCAAGAUCCACACGGCCGAAGCCCCUUCACUGGACCUCAUGCCUAAAGAUCGCGGAAGAUGUUGCACAAGGCCUUGCAUACGUCCACCAAGCCUCUCGAUUAGUGCAUGGCAACAUUAAAUCGUCCAACGUCCUUCUCGGUUCCGAGUUUGAGGCUUGCCUGGCCGACAACUGUCUCUCCUUCCUUGUGGAACCAUCGGAGAGCCAAGACAGCUCAGGAUACCGAGCUCCCGAAACCAGAAAAUCUAAUGACCAGCUAACCGUGAGAUCAGACAUCUAUGCAUUUGGUGUGUUACUGCUGGAGCUCCUCACCGGGAAACCUCCUUUGCAACAGCCACUCCUAAUGGCAACCGAUCUGCCUGCCUGGGUUCGAUCAACAAGAGAAGAUGGAGCGGAUGAUGAACGCCUGAUGAUGAUCAUCGACAUCGCCGCAGCCUGUGUUCAGCUUUCCCCAGAUAGUCGGCCAACCACAUGGCAGGUACUGAAAAUGAUUCAGGAAGUGAAGGAGGCCGACACAGGCGACAACGAUAGUGAUUCAGCAUCACUUUCCUAGAUCCAGAACAGAUGCCCAUAUCUUGUGGUCUUUGUUCAUGGAAUCUUUUUUCUAUCAUAGGGAUAGAUGUACCGUCAAACCAUACAUGCCAGAGGAUGUGCUAAAAGAUCAUUUAGUAGUGUUAUGGCUGUUUGCUUGAAGUCUCUCUUCUGUGGUUCUCAGGAGAAGAGCCCCAAGUCCGGUGGCAGGGUUCCUUGGAGAUACUGCUCAGAAGUCCAUUUCUCUUGUACCAUAUCAGCAGUAUCAGCCAAACCAGUGGUGUAAAAGGUAUUAGCUACAGUCAGGUUAAAUAAAGAUCAGAUUGGGACUCUUCAGAGGGUGCAAAAGAGAUUAUAAUUAUUGUUA